AUGUCUACACCAACGCAAACCCGUCCCGUGAUAACCCUCUACCCAUCCCCCCAAGAGGACGUCAGUGCCUAUCUGGCCGCUAUUCGCCUCGCUUCCUCCGUUCGCAAUACUAUGGAUGCUCAAAAGGCUGGUGUCGACGGUGAAAAGGCUGCCGUGUAUGCCGAUUCUUGGGGGCGCCAUCAUCCAAACUUCCCCCCUCCACCCUCACCCACCCCUGGAGGACGCGAGCCAGUCCAAAUUCUCAACGAGACUUCUCCUGCCGACUUCGCCUCGAACACCACCAAACCGGGCUUCUUCCGCCCCCGAGACCGCUACCCUUCACCCAGCCGUUCCAUGAGCACAGGUACGUGGCCCUUCGUUGAGGAACAUGCUUCAGCGGCAGCAGCUAACCUCUCGACUUUAGCUGAUUCUCCCACCGGUGCCACUCUCGAGGCUUUGAAACGACAUCACGGGCACUUUCCGCCACCAGAUCCUCCUAUGAGCACCGGCACCGGCUCUAUCCUUGAGGACGAAGCAGCUGAUACUCCCGCUGGCGUCAAGCUCGAGGCCCUGGAACAACAUCACGGGCUUUUUCCACCACCAGAUCCUCCCAUGAGCACCGGCACCGGGCCUAUCCUUGAGGACGAAACAGCUGAUACUCCCACUGGCAUCAAGCUCGAGGCCCUGGAACAACAUCACGGGAACUUUCCACCUCCAGAGCCUUCCAUCGGCUCCACCCAAGCACCGCCAGGAAAGCCCAUAUCAAGACGAACCGGACCUAUACCUAUUCACCAGAGCAACGGCCCUAGCGGCAUGAAGUUGUACAUCCCUGGCGAGAUUCCACCUCAAUGCCAGCUCUAUGCUACCAACACCGAUGUCAACAACGUCACUUUCGCCGUCUGUCCCGUCACAAAACGCACCAUCAACCCCACACAUAACCUCGCAAGCCGCCAACUCCAUCUUGCGGACGUCUCCAAGUCGCAUAUCUUAGCAAUACGCGACACUGCUAUGUGCGAAGCACCAACCGGCUUCGACGAGCGCCUUGCCUGCGGGAAGUUCGACGGGUGGUUCGUCCUUGCUUUUUUCAUACUAUUCUCCAUGAUCGGCUUGGCUUGGAUAAAACUCCGCAAGCACAAAACUCGUCGGCUCGACGAAGAACAUGGGACUGCUACUUGGCCACGCCUUUCGAAAGUGUCAACUAAAAGCUCCGAAGCCAAACUGAAGCCACAAGCUUUGGGGAUAUCAACUAACCGAUCCGAAGCGAAGCUGAGGCAGAAAAUUCGUAAAGCACAUGAGGAAGACCGACAUUUGGAUGAGGAGCUCAGCACAGAACAAUACGAAUCGGUGGCUUGGAGGAACGCAUCUCACCGUGCCGCACGAGCAAAUUUUGGGGGAAGUGUCGAGCAUGAUGCUGGACCUGUUGCCAUGCUGCCAGAAUUACCUGCAGAGCUGCCUGCUUAUCUUUUCGAGCCUUUGUACUGGUUGUUUGGAUUAGAACGUGCAUAG